AUGUUUCGAGGAAAGUCGCUAAGAGAUACUGGCAGAUACGUAAGGGGUCUAGAAGAAAAACUUCGCCGCCUGGAGAACACCGCGGCCGUCGAUAAACGGCCCACGCCUUCGGCUGGAGAGAUGACGGUCCUCUUCAGCGACAGCCAACCUUAUGCCGACUUUCAAAUGGGGAAUACAGUGUUACUGGAUCAAGAAUGCAGCUCGCCUCGAUCCGCUUACGGGAGUGAGGCAGCCAAUGCAUCUACCGCAGCUGAUAAUGCAGAAGGUCCGAUUCGGGAGCCUCGACUCGGCUCCCGAGCCGCGCCUGGCCAAUCCCCAACCUUUGCCGAGGAGCUCACGACGCUCUCGCUCGAAGCCACGGCUGAACGACAUCUGGGAUCCACCUCUGGGCUCUCAUUUGCGAAAUUGACCCAGAUGAUCCUACGACGUCUGACGCCAGACAAGGCAGACUUUGUAUUUAUCAGCCAUCAGGACAACACUGCAAACGCUGCUGGAAACGCACUCUCAGACAUCAAUUCCCCUUCCGAACUAUUCAACGACACCUUCUUUCGAAGUUUGAGCGAAUCUAUUUCCGUCCAUCCACUAUUAUUUGGCGACCUCUUCUUCGCCGACCUCGCCGGGCCGAACGUGGCCCUCGAUUCUAUGACCUUGCUAAGCGAUGAGGCUCAUGUCCAACGACUCGUAGAUUUCUAUUUCACCCACUCGCAUACCUUGUACCCCAUCUUGAAAAGGGCGGAGGUCAUAGACACGCUCCAGAAGAUCCGGCAUAACUCUGAGAACCUAGCCGCACAAUCUCCUCUCAAGCUCUUCAGGAUUUGGAUGGUCCUUGCCAUCGGCUCCACCGCCUACUCUUCUGUAACCCUAACCGAGGAGUCGGAAUCCAUAUCCUUUUAUAACAAGGCUCUGCAGUAUUCCGAACAGAUCCUGGGAAGUGAUGAAAUGUCCGCCUUGGAGGUUAUAAUGCUCCAAGUCUCAUACUCCUUCUUCAACCAAUUAGGCCCAAAUACCUGGUUCCUUGUCGGUAUAGCUGCUCGGCUGGCACUGGGGAUGGGACUACAUACGUCCUCAACAUACGACAAGUUGCCUAUCGACGUCCAGGAAAGACAUGUCAACGACAGGGUGCCCCAUUUGAACACUACUUGGUACGAUUUCAACUACUACACUCAUCUCGCCAUGAUCUACAGGCCAUCUCCGCUGUGUCCCAUUUCAGACUUCAAACGAAUCAAGGUGUUAGAGAUGGCAGCAUCCAUGUCUCUCCGCCAAGCUUACAGCAUGCAUCAGCAGCAACGGUUCGCAUACAACUGGCUAAAUUUCCUCUCCUUGUUCACAUCAACACUAUCGCUUGUCUACGCAAUAACAGCUCAACCCGAUGAUCUGAGCACCGUCUUAAGGGAGACGAGGGCUAUCGCCGACCUCGACCUCGCUAUACAGCUUUUUGAUACCUUGGGGCUCAAGUUCUUGGCGGCGAAGAAGAUCCGGGCCAUGAUUGCGGAGAUAUCUAGGCGGUAUAAAGAGGUCUGCGGCUUCCAGGACGUACAAUGA